AUGGUUGAUGUGAUACACAGUGAGAUAUUGAUCCUUAGAUUGAAAUAUGUAAUGCAUUCUCUGCAAGAUGAAUUUGAAAAUGAUUAUCUUGAACUUAUUCACAAAGAGACAAGCCAAUAUAUUGUGAAAACAGGCAUGAGGUUGGAGCUUACACUUUGGAAUAUAUUAUUAAACUACUUUGUUUUCUCCCUUCAGGUUUCAUGUGUAGCCUGUGGUCAGAAUACUACCUAUGGGCUGACUACAGAGGGACAUGUCCUAGCAUGGGGUGACAACAAGUGGGGCCAACUUGCUCAUGAUCCUAGGAAUGUAGCCUACUUCACCUGCCCACUGACUAUCCCCCAUAACUACUUUGGUGGGGAGCGUGUGGUUUGGCUGCGGGUGGGCUGGACUCACUGUGUUGUGGGCGUGGCCUCGGGUGCUGUCUAUGUGUGGGGCAGAGCAGACUAUGGGCAGCUUGGCCCCUUGGAGGAUGAGCAACAAGACUCCAGCUCAGACACGACCGGUAAUGAAGUUCCUCAGAAGCGUUGCAGAUAUAUACCAAGCUGCUUAAGGUUCAAGAAGCGUGUUAAAGGAGUAGCUUGUGGUUCAGAACACAACCUAGCUAUGAUUGAAGGACCUGGGGAUAGCAUCUCCCUCUUCACUUGGGGUUGGAAUGAACACGGAAAUUGCGGAGAUGGAACAACAACUAAUGCCCUGCGCCCUGCAAAGAUUCAGGUGCCUGGGAAUCUGCAGGUUAUUGGGGCAGGGUCAGGACAUUCUUUUGCCCUUGUUAAACUUUUUUGACAUUGCUAAAUGUAAGAAAGAUAGAUGCUUGUAUUUUUAAAAUGUUUGGAGGCAUGAUUACUUUUUAUCAACAACAAAAGUUGAGCCUAGUAGAAGCAGACCAAAUAUAAGAAAGUUGUAGUAGGACAGAUAAAGUGCUUCUACAUACUGAAAACCCACAGUUUAUAUAAUGUCUUCUCUGUGUGACGAAUAUAUUUAGUUUUUAUUAUUAAGGAACGAGUGUGCAAAAUCCCAGUGCAAAAGUGAAUCUUUCCUUGAAGAAAAAAGAAAAAAUGAAAAGGACAGAGAAAGAGUAAUAUCCACUUACUGAAAGAGUUUCAAGGAAAGCCUGAGAAGCAAAAAACUUACUUGGAAUACCAAUAUUGUAAGAGAUUUAGUAGAUUAUAAGAGAUAUAUUGCAGCUUUACUGUUAACUUUACCAGGCAGACUCCAAAUAACAAAUAAGGUUUAUGUUGCUUUACAACAUGUAUUUGAUUAGUGAGUGAAAAAUACAAGACAGCUUUAUGCAUUUUAUAAAACCUAUAAGAAUGUACUCCUGAAAUGAAUGACAAUCAACAACAUACCCAUCAUCAGUCUAACAGAUAAUUUGUACUUUUUUUUUAAUAGAAACGUCAAUAGUGCUGCUGUUUACAACCUAGUUCCAGUAAUGUAGUUGCAGAGAUUUAAGAAAUUUUACAGUGAAAUAAAUGCACCAAAGUUAUUAAAGCCUUGUCAGCCAUGAGUCUUUCCAUAUGAUAUAGAGAAACAGUAAGUGAUGUAUAGUAACAUGAUUUGGUUGAAAAUACUUUUAUUGUUGUUACAGUCAUUCUUUAAUUUUUAAAAAGAACCAUCUCUCCUCUUAUAGAAGUCUUCGUAAAGAGAUAAUUGUUGUUAUUGAGCAGCUUCUAGCCAUCAACAAGAGUUUGAGAUAAUCUGAUGCUUCUGGUUUUUAGUUGGCUUGUGCAGUGUGCAUUGCUGUUUUUUAUAUAUAUGUAUAUUCUAGUAUCCCAAAAAGUGCUUUAUGAAAGAGCCAAGUAUCUGAUAUUUUGUAUUUUGGAAUAGUUUUCAAAUUUGUUACUUUUUUUGUAGUUUUUGAAGCUCACACAUAUUUGGAUGGCAAAAAGGGACAAAAUGCUAAUGUUGCAAAAUUAUAUGUGUAACAAGAAAUGUGUGAUAAUAAGUUUCCUAAAAAAAAAAAUCUUUUAAAAGUUUGGGGGUUUCAUAACAUGCUGCCUGGGGACUUCUGAGUGAGUGCUCAAAGAACAUUUGUAUUUGAUUCAGUGAUGCAUAUCCCAGAGUGUUCACUGUGAAUGGUCCUUGCACUGUAAUUCUAAUGAUUCUGAUAAGUUAGUAAUUUCAAAUCAGUCUUACCUGUCUUUGAUAAUGAAGAUAAGUUAACAUAAUUUAGACAAUCAAAAGCUGUUGUUUUCAGAUCAUGUAAAAUCCACACAUAUGAAUCAAGUGGUUUACUCAAAAUAUCAGAAGAGGAAAAGAAAAUGAUAAGACUUUGUAGCUUCAAAUAGUAGUGCUGUUAAAUACUGAUGCAUGUACUCAGGUUUUAAUGACUUUCAUGGUCAUCCUUAAAGUGAACAUUUUUCAAUACUGAUACAUUAUGUGUAUUGUUCAUAGGAAUAUCUUUUUUAUUUAAUUGUAAACUCACUAGCAGUGAUUCAUUUAAAUUCUUAGUGACAUAAAAACAAAAUAAUUGAGUUCAUACUUACUCCAAAAUUUAGAUGAGGUGAGGUACUUUGCCAUGGGUAUAGGAUUCGUGUGAAUCAAUUUUUGCAGACGUCUGGUAACAGGGAAAUAAAAGUUCUGGAACUGAAAUUAUAUCCAUGACACUUUUUUGCAAUCUGUGAAUAUAUAUCUCUUUAUGUGGAGGUUAGUUAUGAAGGGACAUCUCCAAACAAAACAGCUUUUGAGUAUUAUUUUGUGAUGCAAUUGUAGUUUGCAUGAUAAAGUAUCAUAAUCAUGUCUGUUGGAGAGCUAUAAAUGUUGCUUGUAUAUUACUUCUUUGGACUGUGAAUUGGAUCAUUAAUUGUGAAUCUCAUUCUGAGUGUCAAGUUUGAGGAAAGGCCAUACGACUGGAAUGAUAAUUAAGUUCCACCUAGCAUUGCUUAGCAGAUUGUGUUGAAUAUGUUUUUAACAUUUCUUCAGUUUUCCAGAAAUGUUAAGAGUGUUAAGCCAGCUUGGGACAGUAUUUCUGUCUGCAGUAUUUCUUUAUUUCCUUAUGAAAUGCAAAGAUUGCCUGUAAACAGGAUGUUUCCAAGUAUUUUUAGGAAGUAAUAUAUACUCUUGCUCAGGUUUAAAAUUUUCUCAUAGUAGGGUUGGCAUCAGUGGCAAUACCAGAUUAUUUUAAAGAAUAGAAUUGAUUUAUAUUCUUUGAAGUUGCAAUGCAUUUUACAGGAACUGACAUCAUAUUGUGAAAUGCCAUAAUUAAUCUGGGAAACUGUCAGAAUUGUGAUGUGUUCUGCCAAUAUGGGAUUGCAUACCAAUAUGCUUAUUUUUUACUGUGAUAGAGACAUUAUAUACAUGAGAUAAAAAGCAAGAAAAAGUUAUUGACUCCUGAUUUAUUAUGAAUGUUAUUUAUGCUUUUAGUCAAAGCAGUUUUGAGAUUUCUUUAAUAAGGCAAAUUUGUGUGUCUCUUUUUAAAUUCCUUUUUUAUUAGGUUGUUUUUGUAUAUUUGUAGUAUUGCAGGGUUAUGAUAUUAUAAUGACAAUAUAUACAGGAUUUGAUGGCCUUAUAAUAAUUAAUACUGAGGAAGUGAACAACUUGCUAUCUGCUCUUUCACUUUGGGACAAGAUUUUAUAGAUAAGUCAGAAAUGAUAGAAGCCUGUAUCAAGGAACAGAUUGUGAAUUGAGUUGGAAUACAUUGUUCACACACCAUUUUGCUAAGCAGAGAAAUUAUAUAAGAGCAAAUGGCAGUAAUCUUUUAAAAAGGUCAGUAUAGCUAUAUAGUUUCUUGAGUAGGGUGCUCAAUUUUCUGUUUGUUUUGGUUUUCAUUAAACAUUAUAAUCAAACUAAAGGAGAAUAUAAUAUGUGUAUACUGUAUAGACUAGAAAUUUGCAAGCCGAGUGUAUAGGUAAAAGAAUAAGAUGCUUUUUGUAUUGCUUCGCACAGUGCCAUUAUAUGAGAGUUCUGAGAGGUUUAUAUAGUACCAUUGUAUUUAGCCAAGAAUGCUGCUUGUAUAUACAUUUUCA